GCGGAUAAGAAAGCGAGCGUGCCAAGAUGGCGGCGAACAAGACGCAGUCCGCUUCUGCCACGAAUGCUCCUGCAUAUGAAGUCCCUAAUUGGUAAGACUUUGUAAAUUGUUGUUUUUAUGUUUGAAAUUUUGACUCAACGAGACGCGGUAUUUGCAACAGGGCAGGAAAACCGCCUCAGGGACUCCAUUUAGAUGUCAUGAAACAGACGACUUUAGUGGAGGUAAAAGUUAAUCAAAACAUUAACUCCUUACAUAUAGAGUGCUUUAAAUAGGUUUUUAAGCCUAUAUUUUGGUUAGUUAAACGGUUCUGGUGAGAUUGCUGGUGCAGAGGUCCAUAUCACUAUCUGUUCAGCGCUACACUAGAAGUUUCACGCAAUGUAUACUAGAAGUAAUCCAUCCUGUUAAUUUUUAAUUCACAGGGCCGGGUUGUUCGAAGCUGGGUUAACAUAACCCAGGGUUAGUGCGAAAUUUGAACUCAGAUAUGAGAGCUUAAAAAGCAAAUUCAGUUUAAUUCUCUUUACCUUCAAUUCAAUGACUCUAACCGGCGCUUGAACAACUGGGCCCUGAUUGCUGCAUGCACUGUGUGACUUCUUUAAUGUAGAGAUCAUGUGGUACACGACCUUGCCUAUAUAGGGAACUGGACCCAGUCGUUCAAAAGCUGGAUAGUGCUAUCCAUCGGAUAAAUCACUAUCGAGCAGGUAAGUAUUAGGGAAGGCAAUUACACUAUCCACUGGAUAGUGAUUUAUCUGGUGGAUAGUACUAUCCACCUUUUAAACAACUGGGGCCUGUAGGCAUUUUAUAGGCUUUCAAAAAGUCCUUUGUCCAAUUUAAUAUGGCGGGGGAUGAAGGACUUUUCAUACUUGAAUGGCGUCAGUUUUAGCCAAAUGUAACCAGAAACCCCAAAUGGGAGUCAUGCCACUCCACAUUUUUGACGCAAAACGCAAACGGAAACCUUUCAAGCGAGACAAGUUGACCUCUCUUGACUUCAUUGCUUGCUCGGCUGUUUUGCAGCCUGAAAAGCUCUCUCCAGUAGCUUGGAAACUUGUGAGGUCAACUUGUGACAAGUCUAGGAAUUUUACUACACAGCUUCAUCAACUGCCAGUUAAAUUAAUAUAUUCUAAAGUUAAAUUUAUUGUGGAUGUUACCGAAAAUAUUUCCUGGAAAUGUUAAUGUGUGGAGUCAAGGCCUAUCAGAUGUGUAACUAAACUGAAAGUUUUACACCCUAAUGACAGAUAAUUAGAUAAUCUUUGUCAGACAGACAAUCCAUUGAAAACUGGAUGGUGUUUCAGUCAAGGUAUUAGAUCUGUGAUGAACCCGUUUGUUUCAAUAGUUUAUUUCUCAAAUAAUAAAGAAUUUCCUAAAGUAAAACUUACUCAAUUAUAUCAAGUGAGACUUGAGACUGGCUUUCCCUCAAUAGGUAGGAAUAAAAAAUAAACUGGAAACUGUAACUGAAACUUCAGGCGGUCAUCAAAAAAUCCAAAAUGUUCCCUUAUUGCCGGGAAUUAAAGGGGUUUUUCCUUAACAUUAUGUGAAUAAACCUGACAAGUUUCAGAGUGGUAUUGUAAAUCCUCAUCUUUUUACAUCAAUUUGUUUUCAGUGUGGUCUAACAGAGCCACAAAAUCGCUGUUAAUUUCAGUGAUUUUGUUACCUCUGCGUCCUGCAUCCCUGAUGCAUAAAAAUCCCUAAAGAUGCAAAAUAAUAAUAUUCAUGAAAUGCAACCCUUAGGAUGCAAAGAAUGAUUGAUUGAUUUGAAGAUUUUUCGGUAGAAUAUCCUGUUCAUGUGAUUUCUGUGGCUGUUGUUUAAAGAUUCAUAUUUAUUUUAGACUUUUUUGUGCUUGAAAUAUAUAUAGAAGGACCAUAUUUUAAUUUCAAUAAACUGUAAUAAAGAGUUUUGGCAUCUGUCUCCAGAAUAACUGUCUGCUUACCUAAAGGCCCAAACACUUUCAAUUUAGGACUCCUUGUUUUUUUGAACUGGGAGUCAUUGGUUAUGGAUAGGGACUCAUGAUUUCUCACAAGAUGAGUCCCAGGACUCACCAUAACUAUUUGUAACAAAAUCACCAUAAUUUGCCCUUAAUUUUUGUCACACUAUACUGCUUUCUUUGUCGCCAUCUUAAUUUCUUACAAGUAAACUGCUGAUCUUACUGUUUGUUAUGACACUAACCUGAAAUAAAUGUACUCUAUUUGGGGAGGCAGAAUGUGAGCGAAUUUUGCUAUAUUUCGCUCUAGCUUCCUAAAAACUCUUAACUUUAUGUCGCAUUUAGGGUGUGAAAAUUGCACCAUUUCUGUCAACAACGGAAACUAUCAUGUCAGAUUUCAGCGCUUUAAUUAUGAAUAUUUCCCAAAUAGUGCUUAGAUACCAACUUUGGCCUUCAUUUUCUGGGCUUCUAUUGAACAAAAAUGCUUCAUUUUUGGAAUUUGUGUUCAGGUUAAGAGUACAUUUCAAAUAAGUGAUUUUAUAAACAUGACCAAUUUUUGACUUUGUAGCAGUUCUAAUACCUUAAGGUGAAGAAUCCUUUGGAUUUUAUCCAUCUUAUUGUGAUGGAUUUUGAAGAUGGAUUAUCUGUCUGACAGGUUAUUUGUCUACUCUCUCUUGUGUGUUGGCUAUUGGUAAUUAAUUUCUGUUUUUGUGACUUGUUAGUGUGUCUUGAUCCUCUCUGCAACCACCUUAUGGUUUUCUUAGCAUUUCAGUAACUUUAACUAACAAUAGCACAAGAACAGACUGCUAAGCAUUUAAGUUGGCUUAUGCAGCUAAUAAUUCUGUGCUAGAUCAAAAGUGAGUGAGAUUUAGGCAUCUGGCAAUGAGAAAUGUGCUGAUGUUAUUACUCCUCAGAUAGAUAUUCUUAUCUAUUAAAUUAUAGAAAGAUAAGUAUACAGUACCUCUCAAAAGUAAGUUGCCACCCUCUGGCGAGACAAGAUUCUUUUUUUGCAAGACAAAAGUCUCACCUCUCUUGCUAUCAAACUGUAGUCAAAUCAGCUUCUUACAAGUUAAGAUGAAAUCCAUUAGGAAAUUGAGUAAUUUUAAUUUUCAGUGGACAAAAACCUUGUACCGGAAUAAUUUCAAGAAUAUUGCAUUCUUUUUUACAUUUUUCAAGGGCUAAAGAUGUAAUUAGUAAUCUGUAAUAACACUAAAGAAAAUUUAUCAUGGGAGUCCGAGAUAAUGAAUGUCAAUUUUCACAAGAGUUGUGAAACCACAGAUAAAAUUCUGAAAAUUUCACGUAAAAGAUGUAAUUUUGUAAAAUUAGACAUUCUUUUUCUUGGGCUCCCAUACGUAAUUUUCUUUGGUGUUAUUACAUCUAUAGCCCUUAAAAAAUGUAAAAAAGAAUGCAGUAUGCUUUAAAUUAUGGUACAAGGUUUUUUUCCACUGAAAAUUGAAAUUUCUCAAUUUCCUGUUUGGUUCCGUCUUAAAUUCAAACUACAGUUCAAAUCUACUAAUUUUAAACAUAAACAAUGUGAAAUCAACCAAGCCACAUGACUGUGGAAAUGAAGGCAAAUGUUUCAGCAUGUAUUUUCUGGUGAUGCACCAAAGUUCCAAGAGUUCUCCAUGCCCUUUUGUUGAUUAAUUCAUGGAACGGUAAAUCUCUCUUUGGGUUUUAAAGGAUAUAGUGUAAAUGCACAAGUUAACGAAAAAUGGUGUUUUUCCUUGCAAGAAAAGAGGCAAGACUGUACUUAACUUUUGGCCAGUAUAAACAUAAAUGUAUUUUAAAGUACUGUAUUAAGCAGCGCUUGCCGAUAUACCGAGGGUGGCUGCUUAAUGUAGGUUCAACUUUAUUCUUUGAAACAUGAUCAUGUUCCUAAUGCAAAAACUUUCCUGGUUGGCAGAAAUUAAUCAUUGAUCAGAAAUCCUGCUACUUAUUUGGAAGAAACAAGGAAGCUUGUGAUUUCUCUUUGGAACAUACAUCUUGUUCACGAGUCCACGCAGCCCUGGUGUUCCACAGACACCUCAAUCGAUCCUUUUUGGUUGAUCUCAAGAGUAGUAAGUGAUUUUCAUUUGUUAUGUUUUAUUUUUAGAAACCAGAUGGCUUUUCAUAAGGGCCAUGGCUAGGAGUUUGCCUGGCUGUUAGAAAUGUGAGUCCUUAGACAGGAUUUACAAGAAUGGUGCUUUUCUCCUUCAUGAUCUGUUUAUUACAUGAAGUAGCUUAGGCUCAGUUCAAACAACAAAUUUCUCAUGUAUUGAACUUAGUAAUCAUUUGAAUCGACCCAAAUUAGAUAAAAAGGACAAAAAUGGUGGGUUUCUCCUUCAUGACCCUUUUAUUACAUGUAGCAACAACUUAGGCACAGUUCAAAUGUCGAACUUCUCAUGUACCGAACUUAAUACAACACACAAUGUACCUAUUUGGGUCUACCCAAAUAAUUAGAUAAGUUCUCGCAUUGAUUUAGAUGUUGAACUUAACAAGUCAGACUCAAUUUAUUUUCAUGAUGUUCAAUGGUGUACAAUGCUUACUAGUUUAUUUAUUCUUUAGAUUCAGCACCUGAAAAGUUUUAUGGUUGAAACAAAAUCACUCCACAGUCAAAAUUCCCGUGUGGUCCUCUUGAACAUAAUACAUGGAUUGACCCACAUUAGAGAUUUUGCACCUAAUUGAAUCAAAUGUCCAUCUCUUCAUGUACCAUAUUGAAGGAAUUAGGUUCAGUAAUGAAAAGUUUGAUGCUUAAACUGGACCUUAGAGUAUCACCUGUCCUCUGUUGAUGGAAUGUUUUCCUAUUGCAUGGUACCUUUAAUUUUGCAAAGUUUUAGGAGUGUAUGCAGUGAGCACUGCAACUUUUAUGAUUUUAAUUAAAAGAUAAUUGGCUUUGCUAUUUGUGGGAGAUGCUGGUGGACCCCAAUGGUUUGGGAUAUCAAUACACUGUCAAUAUGAAUAUUUUUGGCUUUGUUUACUUGUAAGGAAGUCAAGACAUUUAUGCGUAAGAGGUGAUAAUAAAAAAAGGAGAUAUCAGAUACGUGUCACUGUAUAAGAGUUUACUUCUCUAUUACAGUAUCUUGUAACUUAAUGACUCAGACUGACAUCUGUUUUGUUUUUGUUACGUUAACUUUUUCAGCACAUGGAACUUUUAUUGGGACAAUACGGUUAGAGCCACACAAACCAACUCAAGUUCAGGUUGAUAGUGUGAUCAGGUUUGGUGCAUCUUCUAGAAGUUAUGUUCUGCGAGAAAAACCAACAAUGCCUAAUACUGCUCUGAAGUCAGAGAAUGUGUCAGAAAAUAUGCAGCAAGAUGAUGAGGAGGGUUCAAAGGGAGGGCUGUUGGGGCUCCCUGAAUCAGAUACUGAGCUAGAUGUGAGUAGCGAUUUUUUAACGCUGCAUUCACUUACAUAGUUUUACUGCGCUUUUCAAAAACACCUGAAUUCUGAAUUUUAAAAGCCAGCUAACAUUAGCAUCCUUCACUGCUGUCAAUCUUCUUAGUGGGGCUCUUAGGAAACUUGCAAUUUUUGAUUGGUAGUUUUCAAUCCGUUUUGUAUUCUUCUGAGUUUCAAGGUUCAUUGCUUGUGAUUAUAAUUAUCAUUGAUGGCAGCAAAAACUGCUUGGCUUGUAAAGUUCAGAGUUUGUGUGUUAUUGAAAAGCACAGUUAUGUAAUGACAUAUAUGUAAGAAUGGAUUUAAAAAAGGGAAUUUUGAAUCACUGUUUCCUAAAUUGUAGUCAACAGUUACGGGCACCUUACAAAAUUUGACUUAUUGAUGGACUCAAGCAAAACUGACAACAAUAUAAUGACUGUAAAACCGACAGUAUGACCGUCAAUAAAUGACUGUUAUAAUUUUGACAUGAGGCAGAUCAAAAUACAACAAAUUGCAUUUAGAGUCUUCAUAGCCAAGAACAUCAUGGCUUAACUGACAGGACCAAUGACAUUGAGACUUAAUUGACCAAUCAGGUCAAUUACCAGUGUUGAAGACCAUUGAUUAAUGUGAAACAACUCAGCUUGACUUGUAUCUUACUGUUAUUUAAUGGCCAAUCAUAAAUAGAUUAUGCAAACACUACUUGGCCAUGAGUGCUAAUUGCUCUCAGAUCUAGAUCUGUAGUAUCUGUAGUAUCGCCACACUGGAGAAUGUCCAAGAGCUGUUAAAAUUUUGGUCCCAAGAUUCUUACUCACUGUAUGCCUUCAACCAUUACUUAAAGCAAAAUACUAUUAUUGCAUGGAAACAGGAUCUAACAGAGUUCAACACUGCCCAUAAUAAAAGGAUCACAUCACUUGGCAUCGAGGAAGGAGGAAAUAAUUUAGGAGGCGUAACAUCCCUAAAACGGAAAAGGAAAAGAUCAUUAUCUGUGGCAUUUAGAGAGGGAGAAGAAAUUAUAAAUCCAGGUAACAGUGUUAAAUGAUAAUAAUGAUUUCUAAAGUGAUUCAAGCCUGCUGUCAGUUUGCUGUUACAGUCGAACCUCGAUUAUCUGGACUUUAAAGGUAUUUUUUCCAUAGCAGAAAAGGACCACACAUUCUAAAUUAAAUACUUUAUUCCCAGAAAGUAAUCUGAACUGCCUAGUCAUUAUGAGUUCACUGGCCCCUAUUCAAGACAAUACUUUUGAUAAAGACACGGAGUCAGAAUUUGCAGUCUUGGUGGGCAGUAAAACAUAAUCUUAUAAACAAAAAACUUGACAUACACAUUUUGUUAUUACAGACCCUUUUAUUGGGUCAAUUAAUACAUUUUGUGCUUGUGGGAAAGGAGUCCUAAAAUUAUGCAUUCUUUGUGAUUUGGGUCUUAAUUGGCCAGUUUACAGUCAUAUAAUGUUUGAAAAUAAUUUGAAACUGUUUGUGCUUGCCUCAAAUGUGCAAAACUUAGCACAAUUAGAGUGUUAUUAAGUUAUGAUGACAAUGCUGGACUUACCAGGGUUUGCAAAUUUUAUUGAUGAGUGGAGUCGGUGUGACUUCUGCUUCACAAAAAUUGAAGUCAUUUUGGAAUAUUUGGAGUCAAGUAUCAGACUUUCCUGCAGGUGGUCCCGGCAUGUACACACUAUUGUGAGGGAUACAUGAAGUAGCUGUGGCGGUCCGCUGACCUGGAAAGCUCAAAUCCAUGAUGGCGGUCAUUGAGUAAACUUUGAUCGUAAUUUACCCUCUUCCUGUUUUGUUGUGCUUAAUUCUUUAAUUUCGAUGAUUUAAUUAAGGUUUACAACGUUUACAAUUAACUUAAAUUGUAUUUGUUGCAAAAAAGGAAAGGACAAAACUGUGUUUGUUACCGAAAAUUUCUGGAGUCGAAGUGGCUCCCUGUUUGUUACUGAAAAUUUUUGGAGUCGAAGUGACUCCCUCCGUAACCUCAGUGGAGUCAUCUGAACAAAAUUUGGCACGUUUGUGAACCCUGACUUACGUUCUUAAAAAAAUAUUAGGCAUCCUAACAAAUGUAAAUCCAAACUGUAGUACCUAAAUUCUGACAAGACACCCAAGGAAACCACAUGAAACCCAAAGAUUAGUGUGUUGCUCAUUUUAUUUUAGCAAAAUUCCCAUGUACACAAUAUUUUGUCUCAUUUACAAUGUUUUUUUGUUAUUUCAGAGGAUAUCGACCCAACUGUUGGCAAAUUCAGAAAUAUGGUCCAGACAACAAUUAUAGUCCCAACCAAGGUACAUUCAUUUCAAUGCUCUUACAACAAUCACAAUGUACUUCAGGAGUGCAUACAAAUGAUUAAAAUUCAUGAUAGUUGUGGUGACCCUAGUUGUAGAGAAAAAUCUUGAAAAGCUGAGGCUUAAACAAACCUGCAGAUAAAGAUUAUUUUUCUUUUUAGAAAGGCCAUUUGACUGGCCAGGUCAUAUUUUUAGUCGUACCAAUCUAAAAAUGUUCUGGGACGUACAUCAGUUUUUAAUUUCUUUAAUUACUAUGCAAAUCUCUUAGCCAAAAAAUGGUAGUUUUUUUGUGUCUGAUUUGUCCUCCAGAGACAUCAUGUUUGACUGCAGGUAUACUCACAUUGUAGAAUUGGAUAUGGGAAAAUUUUGGUCAGACAUUAUUUACUGUUAUAAAAAUGAGCAGGAGAGCAUCAUAUAUUAUCCUGAUAAUACACGACUGCGAGUUUUUUGAACGGCUUCAAAAUCUCUGGUAUAGAUCAACUCAUUCUUGCACUAAAAUUUAGAUUGUUGGUUAUUUUGGUCUAAAAAACUGGACGUAAAGUUUGUCUGUGUCUUUCUCAGAUAUAAAGUCACUCGUUAAACAUAAAUUUCUUCGGUUUUUUCUUUAUGGAUUAUUAAUAAGUUUUUGAAAUGACGACCAAGUGUUGUGUACCGUUGUGCUUAAGUGACAGUUAAAUCUAAUACAAAAGAGUUCAUGCGCAACUAUCAAACAGAUGGAGAGUUGGUCUAAACAAGUUUGUUACGUGUCAAAUUAUGACGCGUUUGUUAGAAGGGUUGUUUACUCUGAGUAAUACUCUAAACCUAGACGAAUGUGUAGUUGAUGGUCAAUGAGAGAACUGAAGAUCUUGGAGACUUUUCCCGCAUUCUGCUCCACUGAGUACACGCAGUGAAAACAGGUCAAGGUUUGGAUGGACAAUAAUCAUUUCAUACAAGUCACUGUGUUUUGUUAAACCAAGCCUUGAGUCGGUGCCUUUAUUAAAAAAACUUCACGAUUUUCACAUUGCUCUUAAUACAUCUUGUUUACCCCCAAAAUUUGGCAUAAGCAUUGUCUUCCACUUCUCUUGGGACGAUUUUAAUACCCAGGAGAAAUUGGAAACAAUGGCUAUGCAAAAUUUGGGGUAGGGGCGGGGGGGGGGUGUUCGAGGUGUUCAAUGUGGAAAUGGUGAAGCGGAAAUGGUCCAUCGAACGGUAAGUUGUUCAAAAGUUGGAUAAUACUAUUCACCGGAUAAAUCUUUAUACAUUGGAUAGCUCAAUUUGUUGUUCCCUAUACUUAUUCACUGUAUGGCAAUUUAUCGAGUGAAUGUUGCUAUCCACCUUUUGAACAACUGAACUCACAAGUGCAGAUUUUUACUUCAAGGCCCUUUUUUUCCACAGAAAAUGCGAACUCCAGUUUCCCCAGUGGGAAGUUUAACAGAAAACAUAACACGAAGGCUUCAGAGUUUCCCAUAUUCACAAGGUCUUUACUCUAACCUUCCCGGAUCAGGGCCUGUUCCUGAACCUACGAGUCCGACUUCUCCUACCGCUCAGCUUAAACCUCGCGUGUCAAUCACUUCAGCGCCCGAAGUGUCCUCACCAACACUUGCUCCCGUACCCAUACACCAUGCGCCUGAACCAAUACCAGCUACUGGAGGGGUUAUGCAAGCUGCACCAAUGACAAUUGUCGAAGCUCCUAAAAAGAAGUAUGCCAAGGAAGCGUGGCCGGGCAAGAAACCUGCACCCUCCUUACUCAUCUAGCUACUGUAUAUAUAUUUAUUAGAAAAAUUUUAGCAUUAUAUCAAAAUUCGAGAAAAGAUAUUUGCAGAUGGAAUCCCUGUUUGUAGUCAUUCUGUUCCAUAGAAAAGUCUUUUACGGAUGAUUUUAGGACUUGAAUUCCUCAUUUUACUAAUCUCGACCUCAGUUACUGAAUGAGACUGAUGCUUGGCGGAUAUUUAACCGUGACAAAGCGUGACACGUGACAUGGGUCUCGAAUUCGUUACUGGCAGAAUCGUUCGAAGUCCUUACCGAGCAAAAACGCCGAAAGUGACGUAGCCUGCGAAAACAGACGUUUCUCCUGAGCGAGGAGAAACGUCUGAUUUCGCAGGCUAAAAGUCACGCCCGGAAAAGGCAAUCUGGUUUGAGUUCUCUUCAUGAAAUGCGUUGUAUUUCAAUCAGACCGAGAAGCGACUUGAAAAUGGGGCUUUUCUGCAUCAUUGUUAAUAUCCAAAGCAAAAGAGAGAAUUGACUGAUUAUGUCAGUAUUCUCCAGUUAUUGUUAAGCUUGAUGGUUGGAAGAAUCUCAUUGGUAGAAAUUUUAUCUUCUUAACUCAAGUAAAAAAUAAAACUCUUAGUACU